GCCGCCCGCCGCCCGCCCGCGCCCGGGACUGCGCCCGGCUGCUCUCAGCGCCGCUUAUUUGUCUUUGGAGCAGGCGGGCCCGCCAGCAGCGGACGCCCCCGCCGGUCCCGGUCCUGCCUGCGCCGCGGCCGCCGCCCGCCCGGCGAGGAUGACACCACGUUGAUCGCCUGCAAACAACAACAACAACAGCAGCCGCCGCCGCGGCCGCGGUCCCGUCCUCCUCCGCCCGCUUCUCCGGGCGCCGCCGCCGCCGGUGCCGCCGCCGCCCCCGCGCCCCCUCCGCCCCCCCGGCCGUCCGGAGCGCCGGCCGCCGGUGCAUGCGGCGCCUGCCCGGGAGCACGGGCUGAAGCCGGCGGCGGCGGGCCGGACCCUCCGCGGGCGCCGAGCGAGCAGGGCCAGCGCGGCCAGGGCGGACGCUGCCGCCGCCGCCGAGCGCCGAGCCCCGAGCGCCGCCGCCGCCGCCGCUGCUCCGGGGAGCGCCGUGGGCCGGCCGGGCGCCGCGGCCGCCGCCAGCAGGGUUCAUGUUCGGGAUCCAGGAGAACCUUCCGCGCGGAGGCACCACCAUGAAGGAGGAGCCGCUGGGCAGCGGCAUGAACCCGGUGCGCUCCUGGAUGCACACGGCGGGCGUGGUGGACGCCAACACGGCCGCCCAGAGCGGCGUGGGGCUGGCGCGCGCGCACUUCGAGAAGCAGCCGCCCUCCAACCUCCGCAAGUCCAACUUCUUCCACUUCGUGCUGGCGCUCUACGACCGGCAGGGCCAGCCGGUGGAGAUCGAGCGGACCGCCUUCGUGGACUUCGUGGAGAAAGAGAAAGAGCCCAACAACGAGAAAACCAACAAUGGCAUCCACUACAAGCUGCAGCUCCUGUACAGCAAUGGAGUGAGAACGGAGCAGGAUCUGUACGUUCGCCUCAUAGAUUCCAUGACCAAGCAGGCCAUCGUCUACGAGGGCCAGGACAAGAACCCGGAGAUGUGCCGUGUGCUCCUGACCCACGAGAUCAUGUGCAGCCGGUGCUGCGACAAGAAAAGUUGUGGCAACAGGAAUGAGACCCCCUCCGACCCCGUCAUCAUUGACAGAUUCUUUCUAAAGUUUUUCCUCAAGUGCAAUCAGAACUGUUUGAAGAAUGCAGGCAACCCUCGAGAUAUGCGGAGAUUCCAGGUUGUUGUGUCGACCACCGUCAAUGUGGACGGCCACGUGCUGGCCGUGUCCGACAACAUGUUUGUGCACAACAACUCCAAACACGGGCGGCGGGCGCGCCGCCUCGACCCGUCAGAAGGUACGGCCCCUUCUUAUCUGGAAAAUGCCACUCCGUGCAUCAAGGCCAUCAGUCCCAGCGAGGGCUGGACCACGGGCGGCGCCACCGUCAUCAUCAUCGGGGACAACUUCUUCGACGGCCUGCAGGUGGUGUUCGGCACGAUGCUGGUGUGGAGCGAGCUGAUCACGCCCCACGCCAUCCGCGUCCAGACCCCGCCGAGGCACAUUCCCGGCGUCGUGGAGGUCACCCUGUCCUACAAGUCCAAGCAGUUCUGCAAAGGCGCUCCCGGCCGCUUCGUCUACACCGCCCUGAACGAGCCGACCAUCGACUACGGUUUCCAGCGGUUGCAGAAGGUGAUCCCCAGACAUCCGGGCGAUCCCGAACGGUUACCCAAGGAAGUUUUGCUCAAGCGGGCGGCCGACCUGGUGGAAGCCUUGUACGGGAUGCCCCACAACAACCAGGAGAUCAUCCUGAAGCGGGCGGCUGACAUCGCCGAGGCCUUGUACAGCGUCCCUCGCAACCACAACCAGAUCCCCACGCUGGGCAACACCCCUGCGCACACGGGCAUGAUGGGCGUGAACUCCUUCAGCAGCCAGCUGGCCGUGAACGUGUCCGAGACUUCACAAGCCAAUGACCAAGUCGGCUACAGUCGCAAUACCAGCAGCGUGUCCCCGCGAGGCUACGUCCCCAGCAGUACUCCCCAGCAGUCCAAUUACAACACAGUGAGCACUAGCAUGAAUGGAUAUGGAAGUGGCGCCAUGGCCAAUCUAGGGGUCCCUGGCUCGCCUGGAUUUCUUAAUGGCUCCUCCGCUAACUCUCCCUACGGCAUAGUGCCGUCCAGCCCCACCAUGGCAGCCUCUUCGGUCACCCUCCCUUCAAACUGUAGCAGUGCCCACGGCAUUUUCUCAUUCUCACCUGCCAAUGUCAUCUCCGCAGUGAAACAAAAGAGCGCCUUUGCGCCCGUGGUCCGGCCCCAAGCCUCUCCUCCUCCCUCCUGCACCAGCGCCAACGGGAACGGACUGCAAGGCUCUCUGCUGGGUGCCGAGGACGUCCCCGUGGAGAAGACUAACUGGCCCUUUUGUGAAGUCGGUGGCAUAUUUCACUUUGAUGAACUAAUGCUCAAAAAAGGACCUGGAAAGCUAUGUCUGGGCUGGUAGUCCCGCCGAUGUGAGGGACCUCUGUUUCCCUUCCGCAGCACCCAGCACCCCGGGACGGACUGCAGGGGACGCGUUUAGCGUACUGAGACACGCUGGUGGAGACCGUAUCUUCAAGUACGUCAGCAGCAGUCGACAUGCCACGAGAGCCGUUGUUUAAAGAUUCUAUUUAAACCGUUUAAGGAGCGACAUGCAGAGCGGCCCACUUCUUCACGGACAAUUCCAUUUUCCGGACAGAACUCUCCUCCUGGCCCCGCCCGCCGCGGCCCCGGAGAGCCAGGAGGACAAAAGCGACGCCUAUUUUGUAUAGAGUUUCCGACUCCGUCUUGGCUGUGUCUCGUACUUGCUUUGUGUUGGGAGAAACUUUGUGAAUGCACCAUUUUGAUGCUCAUGACACACACUGAUGAAAAAUGCCUGCGGACAUUUUUCUGUCCUCAUCCUUAGAUUCACAAUGGUUGUGUAUCUCUAUAAUGUGAAAUAUUUUUCUGUGGUGAACCAAGGGGGCCAACGGAGGCGCCAGCCAUCGACCUGGAAGGGAGCGGAGGACACUGCGAUUCGGACUGGGGGUGGCAGGGGAGGGAGGGCGGGCUUACCAUUGCUUACCUUCAUCUUAAUGAAAUGAAACUUUGUAACUUAUUGUAGUUAGAAAUCGUAACUUUGAUAUUGAAUUCUCUUGCCUUCAACAAGCACACUGACAGAGGAAAAAAAAAUGCUACUGUCUGUUGGUUAAACUCUUCUCCCACUGCUAGAACUUCCUGUUAAGCAAGCGUGAUCUGCGACAUUUUUCCACUUUUGCUAGUACUGUAUACGAUUGCAUUCUUAGGCUACUGUGAGGUCCCUGUUUCUUGUACCAGAACUUGUCCUUUUGACUUCUAGAUCCUUCUCCCCCUAAUGUGUUUUGUAUGUGGUUAUAAAAUUGUAGACUUUUGUGAUUUUGCCAAAGUUGUAGCUAAAUAUUUAUACACUUGUCUUGAAUUUUUUUCAGAUCCACUUAACUAUUUAGAGAG